AAAGCGUGGACGAUGAAACUCGUCGAGGUGUGGUGCCCGCGCUACGCGGCGCAGCACCCGCACCCCCCGCGCGGCCCGCCCCCCGGCCCCUUCACGAAACGCACCAACGAGCCCACCGCCGAGGAGUCGGACGCCUACCUCGCCAACCUGCUGAAGGUGUGCAAGAACACGUGCCGUCUGGCCACCCCGGCCAAGCCCGGCGGCGGGUUGCACGUGCUGCGGGCGUCGGUGCGCGACCAGGAAGGGAAACGGUAUGUGUUCGUGCUGCAGGAGACCGAGGGGUGGAAGGUGGCCAUCGGGCUGCAGCGCUUGCGGCGCGGCACCUUGUCCCGCGCGCUGGGCGUGUCCGGCUUGGCGGCUAACGAGACGAGGACGGUGUUGGCCGGGUUGGGGUAUUGAACUUGCGCGCCGUGCCCGAGUCGCCUGAGGUCCAGUGCAGUAUGUACAGCAUGUACGGCACCGAAGCUAUGGUAUAGGUGACCCUGCUUCUCGUUCUCGGUCUUGUUGUGGGUAACAGUGAUGAUGAUGGCUGCAUGAGCAUUUGGCCUGCCUGUCUGCCUGUUGUAUGCAUUGCAUUGCAUGGCGAUGAUGUUGAUACUACUUACUCCCUCGCACCCCGCCCCUCUCCUCUUCCUAUCAUUUGCUUUGAUUGCUUUCCAGUUCUGAGUGCUUUGCUUCAGAUAUCCCCCCCUUCGUUUUGAUGAUCCUGGCUUGGCUUGUUGGGCUUGAGAUACCGACCGCUGCGUUAGGCUUCUCUCGCUCGUUCAAUGUGGAUAGUUACAUAGAACAUCG